UAAACCUUGUAAAGUAAAAUAUGAGCCCAACCAAUAAACUCGAAACAGUACUUCGAUAUGCCUAUUUAAAUCGUCUUACAAGUGAACAAUGGAUUGUUCCAACAAAGGAAUGUCUUGAGACAGGCGAUCAGGAAGCAGAAAUUUGUGAGUUAUUGUUUAGGUCCAUCUUUUCCUUCUACCGUGUGUCAGAUCCUUUAUUGGAAUCUUACUUGACAUUAGCCGCACAAACAAUUAUUUCAAAGCAGACAUUUAUUACUCACUUAAUCCCAUUUGGAGAAACAACAGCCAGUCGUCACCCUUAUCAAUGGUCCUUUAUUCUUAAGCUACUCUCCACCUUAUUAACCAACUUUAAUGCCGACGAUAUCGUCAUCGACCUACAACAAGGUAAUGACAACCUUUGGGUAGACAUCAUAAGCGAUACUUUUAAAAUGCUGUCUCAUAUCGUCGCCAUCGGCAUUUACCCCGAUUUUUACGAGCAUGCCAUUGACAUGUCCCAAACCACUCUCACAUCAGCCGUAUCAUUUCAAAACUCACAAUCCAAUUUUGACUCACAGUUCUCCAUGGCUUCUCAACUCUCUUAUAACGAUCCCGAUGCCACACUCGACAUGGAUAAUACACAACAUAUAGAAGACACAGACAUGAAGGAAUCCAACGAAACUCCUUGCAACAAUAAAGAAAAGACAUUGAUCCAGGUCGAAAAUGCUGCUUUAGCUGCUCAAAUCAUGAUGACCCUGAUCGAGAAAAAAAACGCUAAACGUAUUUUCCAGGUUCGCAAUAAUCAACGGCGUCAAGCAGGGUUGGAAGUCGAUCAUGAACCUUGGAUUCAAUGUCAAGCGAAAUUAGAACUAAAACAAGCGAAAUGUCCCAUCGCCACGCAAAACACCACCAUUCAAAAGUUAGUUUUGCUCAUCCAAAGACUCACAGAUAGGGACCUCGAGAGAAAAAUGGCGGUGCAUAUGAAAUACCAUGAACUAGAGGACGAGGGAACAGCAAGAGCUAUGCCAAGCGCUGGUUUAAUGGGGUUAUUGUACCACAUGGUGCAAAUUAGACCUUCUUUAGACGACGAUUAUAUCGUGGAUCACUUGUUGAAGCUUCAAACAAUUAAAGGAUCAUUUGAUGAAUCAUUUUAUCUCGAACUCUGGUUAACUGCUUUAACGGGAUUACGUGAAGCUUCCUUAAAUACAAGUUGCAAAGGUCCUCCCGAAGAAGAUACCGAUCUGAGAGAAAACAAGAGCUGUAACUCGGUAGCUGCUACCAACAGAUUAUUAUGGAAAAGUCUUGUACUUGUUAAAUUGCCGUUUUUAUUAUCAAAGCUACAAAAAAAGCAAGAACCCCAAGAACUAGACGAAUACGAGAUGAACUCGUUAGAAUCAUCUUUGAAGGAAUUAAAGGCAUUUACAGGUUUAGUCAACGCAUGCAGUCCACCUGGUUGCUGUACUGAAUUUUAUGCACCGGACUCCAUGUCAUCCAUGUUAGUAGAGCGCAUCGCAUUUGGACAAGAUGAAGAGGACGAUUUAAUGGAUAUUAUGGAUGAUGAUAUGGAUUUAAAUACCAUCACUGUGACAAAAUCAGUUCGGGCUAUCAGUAACAAUGAUAUUUUCACAAAUAUUGUACAAGUGUGUGAACAUUAUGGCUUUGUUCGUCCAGCCAUUGCUAUAGAGCUUUUAAAAAAGAAGUCUAGUAUGGAAACUGAACCCGAUAAUAAUGUCCUCAUCAUUGACCAAAACAUUGAUCAACGAUUUAAAACGAUUGGAGCUGAUGUUACAUUUUCUGGUCUCACUGAAUUACUCCAUAUUGGCCUCAUCUCUACAAUUCAUUUGAGGAAAGUAGUGAGUUUCAUACUGGUCUUAUUAAAAGAAAAGGCUGCCCAAAACGAUUUUUUUGCCUUGUCCAAUAUAUGUGAUGCAUUAUCUGAAUGUCCCUGCAGCGUCGAUUUAAUACUUCAACUUUACACGCCCCAAGAACUCAUUGGCCCCUUAGAAAGCAUGUGUAAUCAUUGGAGCCCAUCUGACAAUACUUUGGAUAAUAGCGCAUCUGAGGAUGAUUUGGAAGGUGUACAAUUACUAUACAAUAAAUUUGGAAAAAUUUGGAAUUUGACAGUGUCUGUCGUGAAACGAUUCAAACUAUAUCGAGACAUGAAUAAGGUGUUUGCAGAUAAGGAAGGGUUUGUUUACCAAUUUUUCACACAGGGUCCAAUGAUUUACGGGAUAGACAUACAGGAUCCCAGUAUCGAACCUUUUAUCAACCGCUGGAUGAACGCUUUGGCCGGCGGAGAUGGACUUUCAGAUGAUUUGCUACUAAACUCGAAACCUCAAGAUUUGUUGAUGAUAGUGCCCACCAUUAUUCAACGCUGCAUCAUCCUUUAUGCCUCACAACAGAUGGAGACCGAAUCUUUCACUGGUAUGAUCUCAUACUUUCAAAAGAAAUCUUUGGAUUUUACAUUGUCUGGUAUUAUCUUGAUCGUCUGCGAAGAGUUACUCAGUGGCCAAUCUGGUAUUGCGUUGACCUGUCUUUGCCAAUUGAUCAUGUCAGAUAUUGCCUUACCUCGUGAAAUAAGUCUUCAUCCGGUCUUGGGCUCUUUAGAAUCACUGUUGGAAUUUAAGCGUCAAGAAAGUGUGUUUUUGACUAAAGAAGAAGAAGAAAAAAACGUUGCCUUGGCUAAAGGCAUGUCCGAAUUAACUCAAUUUAUUAUGACUAACAAUAAGAUGGACAAGCUGACUGAAGACCACUCUAUGCUUCAUACCGAAACUGUUACAACUAAUGUCACGCCCAACACUUUGUUUGAGAAAGCCGAGCUCAUGUUUAAAUACAUCGUCAAAAGUGGAAGAUCCAUGUUUAUGAGUGAUGUCGAUGCUGAUCCAAAUACCUUGUGGGAUAAAAAUGAUAGCUCCAAACAGCAAGUCGUUUCCCACUAUCUCGAUAUGUCUUUAUUUGAAACCGUGUUAGAAAUUGGUGGGGGGCAUUGGUUUGUUAGUAUGAUUGUAGACCAGGUAUUGGAGGCCGGUAAAAGUGGUGGGGCUGUCAGAGCUGCUGAACUGGGCUCCUGUUUGAUUACAACACCUUUACUUUAUUCUGUCAAUACUCACAACAGCUGUUACAACCUACUCCGUUGUUUACUACAAGACAUUCUGCCUUCCAUGCUUGAUGAAUGUGCAGCUCAGAAUAUGUCCUUCUUUCAAGGUCAAACAUUAGGUGUAUUCACUAGUGACUGUCUCGUUUUGAUGCAUGACCGUAUUGACUCUGUGAAAAAACUGGGUAAAUGGUUUUUUGCUGCGUUAGUGAUUGAUAGUCAAACAAACAAAAAAGAAACUCAAGAUGAAGAUCAAAUGAAGGAAGGAACAAGGUUUGCUCAAUGGGAUAACGAGACUACCAAAAGUGCGGUCUGGAGAGGAUUCAUCAAGGGUCUGAUGAGCAAUCCUGUGAUUGAAGAAAUAUGGCCGAACGCUUUUAUCUAAUUUAUUCCCCACCCCUACGGCUUUCAUUUUUUCUUUUUUUUCCUGCGCACUGUACAUAAAUUAUAAAUAAAAAAGUAGCAUGUUCGGAUGUUAUCCCACCAUUAAAAA